GUAAGCUGAUUACCGUAGAGAUGGCUGGAGACACAGAGGAUGAGAUUCCAGAAACGGGAGCCGUGUUCACAUUUGGCAAGAGUAAAUUUGCAGACAAUGUUCCCAGCAAGUUCUGGUUGAAAAAUGACGUCCCUUUAAAGCUAGCAUGCGGAGAUGAGCACACCGCACUAAUUACAGAGAAUGGAAAAUUGUUCAUGUUUGGCAGUAAUAACUGGGGACAGCUAGGCCUGGGAGAAAAGAUCAGUGUGAACAAACCUACCUGUGUUAAAGCCUUAAAAGCUGAAAAAGUCAAGCUCGUUGCUUGUGGAAGAACUCAUACGCUUGUUUACACAUCAUGCGGUAACCUGUACGCAGCAGGUGGGAAUAAUGACGGCCAGCUCGGUCUUGGAGACUUUGAGGAAAGAACGUCGUUCCAGCUGGUGGAGUUCUUUACCAAAAGUGAACCAAUCAAAAUGCUCGCAGCUGGUUCCAACACAUCGGCUGCUAUUACACAGGAUGGGAAGCUGUAUGUUUGGGGCGAUAACACAGAAGGGCAGAUUGGUUUGGGAAAGGAGGAAGGGACUUCAACUCCACGUGAACUUCACAUAGGGAGACGUGUGAUGUGGAUUUCCUGUGGUUAUUACCACUCUGCUUUUGUAACGGAGGACGGAGCGCUAUUCACUUUUGGAGAGCGAGACAGUGGGAAACUGGGAUUGUCCACAGCACAGGUACCUAAUCACAAAGUGCCUCAGCAAGUGGAGGGCAUCUGUGAAAAGGUGCUGCAGGUGGCAUGUGGAGGAGGCCACACGCUGGCACUCACAGAGAAAUACCUGUAUUCCUUUGGCCUGGGACAGUUUGGCCAGCUAGGUCAUGGCACCUUCACCUUUGAGUCCAGUGUGCCAAGAGUGGUGGAACAUUUCCGCAAGGGAAGAGUAAAGCACAUAGCAUGUGGAGAGAAUCACAGUGCUGUUCUCACAGAGAGUGGAUUUCUCUACACGUUUGGUGACGGCCGCCAUGGGAAACUGGCUCUAGGAGAGGAGUACUUCGCCAACCAGUUCAAACCAACCCUGUGUCCACGAUUCCUCAAUAAUAAUGUGCAGGCUGUUACAUGUGGUGGUUGUCACAUGCUAGUGUUGGCUAAACCUCGGCACAGAAGGUCAGAAGAUGUGAUCCUUGAGGACGAUGAUGUAACUGAAGACCAUCUGCAGAAGCUGCUCAGGGAGGCGGAGUCUCGACACAGCCUGAACAGAAAUCUGUCAGCUCGGGACAGACGCAGAGAGCGGUUUGGGGUGAUGUUCCAGACUCUUCCACCUCUUAGUUCGGGUCACCUCAAUAUGUCUCUGCCUGCUUCCAGUCAGACUUUACCUUCACAACUAAACAAGAGAACUAUGAAUGGUUUCCAGAGGAAUGGCCUUCUCAGCAGCACUGGCAAGGUCAAAGAGGAACAUGAAGUAUGUAGGAAGACUCCUGUUAAAAACUAUGAAGAUAAUGAAAGUGUGAAAGAUUUGGGAGAAACCACUGAUUUAUUAAAUUUAACUCAUGUAAUGAAGCUGGAUCCUGGUGAGAAGACUAUUACUUUGUCUCCUGUUCAGAAGAUCUCCAACCACAAGACCAUGGAGUUCAGUGAUGAUGAGACAACUGGAGAUGAAGAGCAGACAGAAGAUGAAGAGGAUGAGGAAAAUGAUGAUUUGGAACAGGAGAUUGAUGAAGAGGAGCAAUGUGAAAAAGAUGAAAGCAAGGAGGAUCCAAUGAAACAAACAAAUCAGCAAGAGAUCUGUGUUAUCCAGCCAACACCCCAGGUAAAGAACGAUGUAGAAGAGGCAACUGUGCAUGAUGAACAAGUCAAGGAUUCUCAGGAUAAAGGCUCUUCUUGUCCACUUACUGAGAAGAAACUAGACCAAAGUGAAGCCAAGCAGGAGAGACCAAAACGCUUAUUUGGAUCAAACAGCAAGAUCUCUCUUUUCAAAAGGCAGUCUUUCACCCAAAAGGAGAAAGCCAAAGCCCCAGUAGAGGAGAGAAGCCCCGCUGAGAAAGCCAUCAGCUCAGACAGUGGAGAUGUAGGGCAGAGCCACAGUGCUGAAGCCUCUGACUCUCGGCGUCUCCGAUCCCGCUCAGCCACUUGCACUCUACUCUGACUCCGCCCGAAACCAGCGACUUCUGUUUCUGCUUCCGAAGAAUGUUUCCACUAGUAUUAAAGGAAGGAAAACACAAAACCUAAAAGUGUUUGCUCAGAUUUGGACUGGGAACUUGCAGAGCCUUUUGUUUUUGUUUUAGACAACAAAAGCUGAUCAUGAAUUUGUGGAUACCUGGAUUAAAAACAACAGCCAUAAUGUGCCUUGGAAAGUGAAAUCUACACUUUAUCAAUCAAUACUGACAUUUAAUGCAACAAAUUUGAAAUAUUUUCCAAAGCGCUCUGGAUAGCCAUGUACUGUACAUUCUUUGUGAUGUUGUUUUUAUUGUGUUUUUUGUGUCAUGUGGUUGCAUUUUGUGAUUAUUUUAUGCCUCAUAGUGGCUUAGCUGUGUGGAAAAUCUAUCAUAAAAUGUAUCUAAACAAAACUACAACUAUUUAUUUCUUAUAUAAAAAUAGUAACGCACCUGUGCACUUUUGGAUGAUUUUGAACAUUUCAUCAUGUCAGAUAUUUUUUUCUUAUUCUUUCACAUAUUGUAUGAAAUAAGUAAAGUAGUGUAAGUUCAGUAAA